CAGCCUCUCUGUCCCUUUAAAAAAAGGGGGCUGGGCACAGAGGAAGUGACGGGGGGAAGAAAUCCCAGACAGUCGCUCCUGGUCCGGGAUCCAAUGAGCCUGGAUCCCCAGGGGGCUCAUGUUGGAAUCUGGCCUGGAUGCUGCAAGGCUGGUUAAAGCCGAGGGGACUGGGGCAGAGAGGAGCAGCACAAGCGUCUGGUACUGGAAUCACAGCCGGGACUGGCCGGGACCAGUUAGGAGCAAGAGGUCGGCUAUGGGCAUCUCCCACAUACUCAGCAUCGCUGGCAUCACUCCGCUCUACACUAGCCUCUCGCCCUCUGUCUGCACUUGCCUUUCUCGCUUUACUCUUCUCCCCUACAGGGGCAGGUUUAUGGUAGGGCAGAGUGGCCAUUGCUUGGGCCCCCAACAUCACAAUGUGCUGAUAAAAUUACUAAAGACCUAUGACAGAUCUCAGUACAUCUGACUUGUACCUCCUCCGCCCUGGCACUUUCUGCCUGGUGAUGUUUCCUCUGGCUGACUCCAGGAGGUUCUUGUGGCUGCUGAUACCAUUGCUUGGGUGCUGCUUGCCCUGCCUUGCUGACCUAAAGGUCCUUGUGCGCUUGGAGGACGGGCAGGUAACAGAAGAGAACCUUCAGGCGGACAGUGACAAAGAUUUCAUCACCUUAGAAUUCCGAAAGACUGAUGGGACGUUUGUAACUUACCUCGCAGAUUUCAAGCAGGACGUGAAGAUUUUCCGUGUUCUGAUCCUUGGAGAGUUGGAGAGGGGACAGAGUCAGUUCCAGGCCCUGUGCUUUGUUACCCGGCUGCAGAGCAAUGAAAUCAUUCCUAGUGAAUCUAUGGCUAAACUACGGCAGAAAAACCCACAUGCAGUGCGCCAGGCAGAGGAGAUGAGAGGCACCGACACUCUACAGAUGGAUGUGGCCGUUAAUUUUACUAAGGGGGUGCAACUCACCCCCCACAUCCACAAUAUCUGUGCUGAGGCUAAAGAAGCUAUCUACACACGGCAAGAAGAUGUGCGAUUGUGGCUGGAAAGAGGUAUUGAUGGAUCCAUGUUUGAAGUUCUUCCUCAGCCCUCCUCCUUACCUCCUUUGCACCCCUGCAAACUCUGCCACCGGGACUGGAAACCCUGCAUUUGUUCAUACCAUCUCAGCCUAGAGUGGAUUCCAUGUAGCCUGAAAUAUUGCAAGAAUCGUGACUCCUCUGGCAAGACCACUUCCUACAGGUGUGGCAUCAGGAGCUGCCAAAAAGCUUUCAGUUUCCAUUUUUAUGUCACACAGAAACAGCUUUGCCUAUGGGAUGAGGAGACCUAAAGAAUGUGUUUCUGGGACAACUAUGAUCACUGCGCCAACAUCCAAACAUGUGAGAUGGGACCAGUAUGUCUCAUGGGAUGUGACUAGUCCUACCGCCUUAGUUUUGCCUUAUACUGUGAAGCUUUAGGAUUUCCUGCGACAUUCCGAAGAAAAGCCCACGCACAACCACAAACCUUGCGCUUCCUGCUAAUAGUAAAAGGAGACCGGGCUACCCUCUUUCUAUUGCACAGUAACUAAGCAGCACUGCAAUAAGUGCCUUCCUUACCACUUAGAUGUCCUACAAACUAGAAUUUGUACUCCCUGCCCCUGGAAGUGAUUUAUUGCCUUAAUUGCAGGCUUUCCUUUGCACUCCAGUAAGGCCUACUUGUCACCCAGUGUUAAAAUAAACUGUGAACUUGUUUCCCAAGGUAUUCAUUACCCCCAAUCCUGACAGAGGAGCCAAUAACAUGUCACUGGAGGUGAAACAAGACCAUAGCAAGUGCCUCUUUCACCUUCUGCAGUUCAUUUUAAUAUAGUUCAGCUAUUUUUGUAUGGGAAAGUUUCAUUUUUUUAUCAAAAUUAAAAUGAGAAACCUUUGAACAAAAUAUUUAUCAUUUGUAAAGUAAAUAAAAUUAUUUUUAAGACAUGGAA